AGUGGCUGCACUGACUGCGCUGGGCAGUUGCCAUGGUGACUGGGAUAGGCAACGACAUGGAAGCUUCUGCGGAAGCGAUGACCAUGGAGCAGAUGAUUGCGAUGAAGGAAGGGCUAGAAGCUCAAAUCAAAGCGAUGAGCAAACCGACCACUGACAAAGUGAAUUCAGUGGGACGAUUUACUGCGGCGGCAAACAUCAGUGGCAUUGACGAGGAAGAUCCUCCCCCACGUCGCCUGAACGUGGGUCAGAUGUAUCAAGUCAUCGCCAAGUUCGUGGCGGUGCGCUCGGGACCGUCCUUGGAGGCGCCCUUCCUGCGGCGCCUCAACCAGGGCGCCAAGGUGGAGAUGUUCGAAUGGGACAGCAGCCGCAGAUGGCGCAGAAUUUCCGUCGAGUGUGCUGCAGUCAUGGAGGGGAAGCCCAAACCCAGGUUGUCAGAAGCACAACGAAGGUGGGCAACUGAAACGCCGCAUUGGGACAACGCAAAAGGCUGUUGGGUGGACAAAUCCAAAAAGGUGGAAGUUGUUGAUGACGCUGAAGAUCUGGUGGUCCAAAAAGAUGGCUGGGUCUUGGUGCAGCAUCCAGACAUGGGUCUAUUGCUGCAAGCGCUUGGGGAAGGCGAUGCCCUUGUGGAAGAGGUUGUUCCGGUCAGAAGUGAAGGAGCACCGCAGGAAAGAUCUGUGGCAGCUCCUGUGGUGGUGCAACCCACGACCAAGGAGGAGACCUUUGAUUACUACUGGGGCACCUCCAGCAAAAAGCCGGUCACCUUCCAGGCGACUCCAGCCCCGCCAGCUGUUGCACAAUCUCCAGUCAUUGGCGAGUCUUCAUUUGGCGAUUCGCAGCCACAGAAGCCAUCGGUGCUUGGCGAAUCCUCCAUUGCAGAGGCCAUGCUGUCGGCGGUGGGAGGUGCCUUGAAUGAGGAUUCCAAUGAUCAUGCAGCUGAGGUGCCGAAUGUGAAUCACCCAAAGAUCGAAGCCACAAGAUACCGCGUGGUUUACAAGAAGGUGGCAGUCCGGAAGGAGCCCAACACCAAGUCGGAGGCUCUUCGUCAACUGCCGCAGGGUGAGAUAGUAGAGAUGUACGAGUGGGAUGAGACACAUUGCUGGCGCCGCAUUCGUAUUCUGGCCAUUCGAGAAGCAGCUGAAGGCGGUGGAAUGCAGGAAACCGACGGCUGGAUGCUGAUUGAGUCGCCCAGCGUGGGUCGACUGUUGGAGGAGGUAGCAGGAGACGACAACGACGAUGACUUUGCUGGUUGAGUGCCACAAGGAGCUGCCGCCCACG